GACAGAGGAACAGAAACAGAGUUGAGCCCUUCGAGAAGAGAGGCUGCACUGGGAGAGCCGGAGGUUACCGGUACAUCAGUCCGCACGCGACCAGAGCCUUAUUAGUGGGACGACAGCCGGGUGGGCAUGUACCAUGUACGGGGGGUCCCUGAACGGUACGUAGGGGUGACAGAAAAGCCCGCGUCCGAUUCAAAGCGGAGUUUGAUGUGCGCGGCAGUCCGAGGAGGUAAAUCCCAGAUCGGGGGUUUUUUUUGUUUCGUCCCUUUUUUUGUUUUCUUUUCCUUUUUCCGUUUCUUCCCUUUUUUUCUUCAAAUCCUUUGCUCAAAACCCCCGAGCCCAAUGUUCGGAGGGAGCAGCAGCGAGAGUCAGUGCGAGACCAAGGAAGGAUUCGAGGAUUCAAAACCUGAAACAGAAUUCAAGUCGAGCCGAAUAAGAUGAUGGACGGCACGCCGUAUUAGUACACAGACAUGAUGUAUGUACUCGUAAAAGUGUCCGAGGAGGAGACCAGACCAGCUGCUAGAUACAACUAGGUCUUAGUAGUAUCGAGGUUAGCCGUCAG